AUGGCGACUACGAUUCCACUCUUCGCUUCUUUCAAGUACGCCGAUAGCUUAACCGUCGUCGGAAUCUCCUUCUGCACCGCGUUGGUCUGUGAAGCCAUCUCGUGGAUCCUAAUCUACCGUACCAACUCCUACAAAUCCUUGAAAUACUCCAUUGACAAGGCCGCGAAGAAGCUCGAGACUAUGAAGACGGAGAACCCAUCGUCGAAGCUCACCAUCAAGAAAUCGAAGACGAAGAAGAUCGAUCGCGUCGAAACAACCUUGAAGGAAUCGAGCCGAGAUCUGUCCCUCUUCAAGUUCAAAUCCGGCGCCGUCGUGGCACUGGUUCUCUUCGUCGUCUUCGGGUUGCUCAACUCCCUAUUCGAAGGUAAAGUCGUCGCGAAGCUCCCGUUCCAUCCGAUCACGAUUGUGAAGAAGAUGAGCCACAGAGGAUUGAAAGGCGACGAUCCUACCGAUUGCUCCAUGGCUUUUCUGUAUCUCCUCUGCUCCAUCAGCAUCAGAACCAAUCUACAGAAGUUUCUCGGAUUCUCUCCGCCGCGUGGAGCUGCCGGCGCCGGAUUGUUCCCCAUGCCAGAUCCCAAAACCAACUGA